AUGGGAAAAUACAAAAGCCAGCUCCUGCAGCUAAAUGAGAAAAAUAAUAAAGUUUGUGAUAAUAAUGAAUGUAUUGAUGGCAAUGACAGCAAAGAUGAUGAUGGUGUUAUAGAUUAUAAUGAUAUUGAAGAUAAUGAUGAUAAUGAAGGUAAUGACGAAAAUGAUGAUAAAUUACCUGCUGAAAGACCAACCAUUUCAGUUAGUGAACUUUUAGAAACAAGCGAUGGCUAUCUUUCAGAAGAUAAAGAAAGUCUUCAUAAUAACUCAUUAAAUAAUUCAAACAAAGCAACUGAUAGAACUUUAAAUUAUAAUUCACAUUUAAUUAAUACAUCUUAUUAUACCACAUCACGUUCAACUAAUACAUGUCUAUCUACCCCAACAUCACGUUUACUAUGUUCGACUAAUACGCGUUUAUCUAUGGCACAUAAUGUGCAUCCAUCUACACCAUGUAUGUUGCAUUCAACUAAUGCGUGUUCAUUUACAUCUCACUCUAAUAAUACAAAUUUUAAUGAUGAUGUUUUUCGAUCAAAUACAUCUAAUGUGUUUCAUUCAAAUACUUCUUUAAAUGAUAAUACUGAUAUUCGUCUGAUAUUUGACGCUUUCAAUGAUGAUGAGUUUC